AUGGUGCUCCCAGUGCACGCCUCAAAACUUCCAAUCCGCACAUUGGAAGAUUUUUCUAUAGAGGAAUAUAAUAAUAUUCAACCGGAUUACUUUCAUAAGUUGGAUAAUGAAGAUACGGCAACUCAACUUAUGAUUAUUAAAGAAAUUGGAAAACAGCUUCAUCGUUCGAGUGACCAAAACGAAAUGUAUCGAAUGGUGGGAGUCGAAAUAUGCAAGAUGACAGGAAAACUGUUAAAAAUCGACGAUAUAGAUUCUUUAUAUAAAGUUGCCACUUCAUGCCUUUUCAAACUCAUUCAUAGGGCGGUUGUUGAGAAGAGUAUACUUCCAGCAAAUAUGGAAGGCUAUCUCGAGCAGUGGGAGUUAUAUCCCGCAAUUCGGUUUAUGAGGGAUAAAACACGGGCCUACGAGAACACUUUGAGAAGAUCUAUCGAAAAAUCUGCAUCUGUAUCAUCUCCAGUGGUUGGAAGUAGCAGGGUUCCGGAGUUGUUUAGCUCUCAGGUUGGACUUCAAGUCCCUGACCCAGAAAAACACGCUGCAAUUCCACAAACGAGCAGACUCCCGCAGUUCACAUUUGGACGGAAGUCAGAAAAAUUUUCGACACCUGGAAUCUUCCCGACUCCAGACAUCUUCUCAUCCUCAGGAGUAUUUCCAGCAGCGUCAAUUGCGAGAAAUCAGACACUGGAUCACGAGAGCAAUUUGAGAAGAACUGUAAAAAAGACACCAACGCUACAUCCCACAUCUGUAGCAUCACCAGUGGUUGGAAUCAAUAGGCAUCCGGAGUUGUUUCAGGUGGAACAUCAAACCUCUGAUCCAGAAAAACACCCUCCAUUCCUACAAACGAGCAGACUCCCGUUCACAUUUGGACCACAGCCAGGAAUGUUUCCAACACAAGGAAUCUUUCCAACUCCCGACAUCUUCUCAUCCUCAGGAGUAUUUCCAACAGCGUCCAAUGCGAGGAAUCAGACACUGGACCACGAGAGCACUUUGAGAAAACCUGUCCAACAGGCGCCAACGCUACAUACCACAUCUGUAGCAUCACCAGUGGUUGGAAUCAGUAGGCAUCCGGAGUUGUUUAGCCCCCAGAUUAAGCUUCAAACCUCUGAUCCAGAAGAACACUGUCCGUUUCCACAAACGAGCAGACUCCCGCUUACAUUUGAACCACAGCCAGGAAUGUUUCCAACACCCAGAAUCUUCCCAACUCCAGAAAUCUCCCCAUGCAAAGGAAUAUUUCCAGCAGUUUCCAACCCAUUCCUGAGUCAGAUACGUCCCAUAUCAUCACUAUCAACACCUCACCUGACAGUUGUUGAUUGUUUAACGACUAUUUCAAACAUGAGCAAAACACAGGAUAACGUCUCACAUAUAUCAAAAAAAAUUGUGACAGAUUAUUCGAAAAAACCACACCUAUCAACACCUUAUUUGAAGAAAAAUCCAAAACGUCAAAACACGAAAGCACAGGAAGAACGAAUUCACGAUGUUGGCCAGUUUUCUGCAUCACUUUUUGGUACAGUACCAUCCUUACCGUCCUUGGGUACAGUUUCAUCUGCACCGAUUUGUGGUACAGUACCACCUGCACCGCCCUUUGCUACAGUACCAUCUACACCUCCUUUUGGAACAAUACCACCUAACGAUUUCAUUUCCAACUUCCUACAUUAUAACCACAUUAUGCAGAACAUUGGAAUUAGUGGACCGGCAGCCAACAUUUUGAGCACUUUGCAAGUUCCACCAGCAACGCCACUCUCUUUUUCAUCAAGUGAUUUGCCGACAACAACCAACAACGUUCUGCAACAGAACCCAAUCGUAAACCUAUUGAAAGAAAAUCCGGAAGUUCUGAAACAGAUCAAUGACUUGUUAACAAAAAGUGUUUUGAAAUAA